AUGCAACCGACCGAAAACCCUGAACAACUUUCUCCCCUCCAAACCCACCUCAACACCCUCCACAACCUCCCACUCCACACCACAAUCGAAGCCAUCCACUCCCUCCUCCCCCAUCUAACCCCCUCCAUCUCCCCAACCGGUACUCGCCUUGUUAGUUACACGUCUAGCGACAGCUCAGCCUCAACAGACAAUCUCAAUGCCUUAACCGGCCACGGAUCACUCGAUACUCUGGGCCGAAUUUACCUAAAAUGCGCCGACAGAUGCACGCGCGAACACGCUUCAUUCAAAACCCGUCUUUUGCAUACAAAUCUCGACGCGGCAAUGGAGGAAAUCUAUAGCGCCAGCCAGGAUUUACGCAUGGAAGGAUUGAAAGACGGCAGCGUGAAGAUCCCACCGCCGGGUGAAGACGAGGUGCAAAUGUGUGCUUGUUGUCGUGGGGACCCCGACGCUACUAUUCUGAUGAAGUUUCAUGAAGAGAUUGCGUUGUACUUUUGGGAAAAUGAGUACAGGGAUCUCUUUGGGGAUGAGAAGAACUCUGCAGGAAGGUAUGGUAGAGAUGAGACUUUUCUGAUGGCGUCUAGGGAGCAGGUGGAGAGGAAGGCUAGGGAGCUCGAGGAGGGUUUAAGUAGACUUUGA